AUCACCAGUGUUUUACAAUGGCCGCAUCAACAAAUCCUGAAAAUAAUAAUGUGGAGCUCAAGCCUCCGCCCGGACUGAAGUCUCUAAUUGAUCAUUUGGUAUCCGUUUAUCCGGAUCAGCCCAAUCCACUUCAGGUGACGACGCUCCUCAAGUACUGGCUGGGAGGCUCUGAUCCGCUUGACUACAUCAGCAUGUACAGCAACAAUGGCCAGGGCGAAGGCGACUCGGAAAGAGUUCCUCCGCAUUGGCAUUAUGUUAGCUUUGGACUCAGCGACCUGCAUGGCGAUCAGCGGGUGCAUCUCAAAGAGGAGCAUUCAACCCGCUCUGGCAUGGGCUUUGAGUUGACUUUUCGGUUGGCCAAAACUGAAGCUGAGCUGCGCCAACAGCGGGAAAGUCCGGAUAAACCGAUCAGACCACCAACUUGGCCUGCAAAUCUGCUUCAAUCCAUUGCUCGUUAUUGUUUCCAAACUGGCAAUGGUCUGUGCUUUGGGGACAACAUACCCUGGCGCAAGUGUUUGGAUGGUAGCACCAAUUCACACAUGAAAAGUCUGCUGGUGGCACAGGAUCCACAGCUGGGAUGUAUUGAGACGCCUUUGGGCACUGUUGACUUUUGCCAAAUCGUUGGGGUAACCGAGGAGGAACUGGAGCAGGCCUCGCGCUGGAAUGGUCGCGGUGUGCUCAACUUCUUGGCCAAGGAUGUGCUGACGGGCGGAGAUUGGCUGGUUACCAAUAUGCAACGCACAAUGAGCGUCUUCGAGCUGUUUCCCGAGACACUGCUCAACCUGCAGGACGAUCUGGAGAAACAAGGCUCCGAUCUGGCCGGCGUUAAUGCCGAAUUCACAUUCAGGGAGCUAAAACAAACCAAAACCGUCAAAGAAGAGAUUGACUUUGAGAGUCUAAAUGAACGCUGUGCCAACGAGGAGAAUAAUCGACAGUUGACGGAGUCGCAGGUGAAGCGAGAGGAGCCAAGUUUCCCGCAGUCCAUGUCGCUGAGUAGCAACUCCCUGCACAAGUCAUGUCCCCUCGACUAUCAGUCCCAGGCCCCCGACUGCAUAUCCCUCGAUGGCAUCGAAAUAACAUUGGCUCCCUAUGCGGCCAAGUACCUGCUAUUAGCCAUCAAGGAUCGCAUACGUCAUGGACGACACUUUACCUUUAAGGCACAGCAUCUGGCAUUGACUCUGGUUGCGGAAACUGUAACAGGAGCUGCCGUUAGCGUUAGCGAACCAUUUGGAGUGCUUGGCUAUUGGAUACAGGUGCUCAUACCCAAUGAUCUGGUGUCACGCAUGAUGGAGGCAUUCCGCACAGCCCAGCUGGAUGGCAAGACGGAGCCCACACAGCGUCUGGAAUUUGAUUGGCCGGACAAGAACUUUAAGCUAAUUGUUGAUCAGCCGCCAAUUUGUACGCUGCCCACAGCAAUGUCGAUUGAAACGGCGACUGUCAACUAGAACCUAGAUAUUUUAGUAUUAUUAUACUCGUAAAUUAACUCAAAUGAAUCUUCCACUAACACGUAAGUUAUAAAUAUUAAAUUUUAACUUGAAUAUAUACAUAAUAUAAAAGACUAAAACACUUUG